AUGGCUCCGACAAGGCACAAGGUGCUCAUCAACUGCGACAUGGGCGAGGCCUAUGGUAACUAUGCCUGCGGCCCAGACGAAGAGCUCGUGUCCAUGAUUGACAUUGCCAACGUGGCCUGCGGCUUUCACGCGGGCGACCCCGUGGUCAUGGCUCGGACGGUGGCGCUGUGCAAGGCUCACGGCGUCAAGAUCGGCGCGCACCCGGGCCUGCCGGACGUCCAGGGGUUCGGGCGGCGAGAGAUGAAGCUGUCGGCGGCGGAGCACACGGCCAACGUGGUGUACCAGGUGGGCGCGCUGCGAGCCUUUGUCGAGCGCGAGGGCCUCGAGCUACACCACGUCAAGCCGCACGGGGUGCUGUACGGGCUGAUGGCGCGCGACGCCGGCGUGGCGCGGGCCGUCUGGGCCGGCGUGGCGGGCCCCGGGCCGACGCGGCGGGUGUUUGGGCUCGCCGGCACGGCCAUGGAGACGGCGGCGCGCGAGGCCGGGCUGGAGUUCUGGGCCGAGCACUACGGCGACGCCAAGUACCGCGCCGACGGGUCGCUCGUCAUCGACGCCAGGAAGCAGGCCUGGCGGCCCGACGACGUGCGCGCCCACGUGCGGCAGCAGCUCUUUGAGGGGUCUGUGACGGCCGUGACGGGCGAGGUGGUGGCCCGGCCAACUGGGGAGUAUCCCGUGUCGGUGUGCUGCCACUCGGACUCGCCGGGGUGUGGUGAGAUUAUCAGGGCGGCGAGGGAGGUGGUGGAUGAGUUCAACGCGUCGAGGGGCUUGUAG